UCCAACUUUAUUGGAAUGAGCUUAUUACGAACACCUGCCGCGCGCGGAGAGACGCCCACACUGGCCCCGCGUGAAGGAAACUAAAAAAACACCAAACGUCUCCUAAUCCCAUUGUUUCCGUGUCUCUUGUGUGAGUUGAGGCGUCGAUGCGCGCGUCUCCGUCGCUUUCUCCGAGUGAAUCUUUGCCACAGGUCCGCUGUCUGACGGCCGAACCCGCCCGUCAUGAGCCGCCCGCCGAGCCCUUCUCCAGCCCGCUGGUUCAAAGCGCUGCGCAGUGUUUCAGGACCAGACCGGGGGAUCACUGUGUGAAGACGCACCCCGUGGAGUGUGGGGAUCUGCUGAGGAGGGCCAGGGUCGCCUUUGAAGCCGGACGCAGCCUCAAGGAGGGCUUCAGGCUGGCUCAGCUGCAGGCCCUGGUGCAGUUGCUGGAUGAACACGAGGGGGACUUUGUGGAUGCUCUUGGAAGGGACCUUCAUAAGCCACGAUUUGAAACGCUCGUGUCAGAACUGGUCCUCGUGAAGAACGAGGCUCUUCAUGCCAUCAACAACCUUAAGAAGUGGAUGCAGCCGCAGUUCGUGGAGCGAAACCUGUCCACCACGAUGGAUGAAUGUCUGGUGGUCCGUGAGCCGCUGGGGGUGGUGUUCAUAAUAGGGACCUGGUGUAGUCCUGUCCAAAUGUGCCUGGUGCCUUUGGUGGGGGCCAUUGCAGCAGGAAACUGUGCAGUCAUCAGCCCCUCUGAGAACACGGUGCACACGGCAGAGCUCCUUCAUCGCCUCGUUCCGUUCUACUUGGACAAUGAGUGCUUCCAUGUGAUUAUUGCCGGCACACAUGACUUGCCCGAUAUUGUGGAACUCAAGUUUGACCACGUCUUCUUUACAGGGAGCAAAGAGGAGGGAGGCAGAAUAGCGCAGGCUGCAGCGAGCACGCUCACGCCCGUCACCCUGAUUCUGGGGAGCAAGAACCCGUGCUACGUAGACCAACACUGCGACGUUGCCACCGCUGCGCAGCGCAUCGCUUGGGCUCGUUUCCACAACGCCGGCCAGAGCUUGGUGGCGCCCGACUACGUCCUGUGCCACACGGACGUCAAAGCUGAGCUUGUGCAGGCCCUGAAGUCCUGUUUGACCCAAUUCUACGGUUCCGAUCCCCAAGAGUCGCGCAGUUUCGGCCGCAUGGUCAACCAGGAGGUCUUGAACCGUAUGAGAGACAUACUGUGGAGAUGUGGCAAGGUGGCCGUGGGUGGACAGGUGGUAGAAGCAGAGAAAUACAUUGCCCCAACAAUCUUGACAGAGGUGGUGGAAUCGGACCCAAUCAUGCAACAAGAGGUUUUUGGUCCAGUUCUUCCCAUCAUGACUGUAAACAAUAUCAAUGAGGCCAUUGCCUUCAUCAAUAAGCAAGCGAAAGCCCUCUGUGUAUAUGCUUAUUCCAGCGACAGCAAGGUCGUCUCCAGGCUCAUGAGUGAGACCUCUAGUGGGAGCUUUUGCUCCAAUGACAGUGUCCUGCAGAGUGUGAUGGUGGCUCUUCCAUUUGGUGGAGUGGGUGCCAGUGGAAUGGGUUCCUGCCACGGUCGUUACAGCUUUGACACCUUCUCUCACAUGAAAUCAUGCCUGCUCAGAGGCACGCGGUUUGAAUGUGUCACCUAUCUGCGUUACCCGCCUUACGACGACCGCAACCUGUCUCUAAUGAUGUGGGCCAGCACCUUGUCCCAGAAGAGCCAGGGCUGGUGUCACAUCAUGUGACUGUAUAAGAUGGUGUAUGCUGAUAAUUCUGAACUGUUUCCGAAUUUUCUUUUGAAGAUCUAUGAACUAUACAAAAUAACUUAAUUUACAUGUUUGAAAUGUUACCUACUGUAUGAAAAAUUAAAGAGUAUUUUGUACAUG